UCUUUUCUAUGAACAUGGAGACUAAAAAGACUUUUCUGCAGCUGGAAAAUUACAUUGGUGGCAAAUUUGUCCCAGCCAAAUCUUAUAUGGAUUCAUAUGAUCCUUCUACAGGUGAAGUCUACUGCAAAGUACCUGAUAGUGACAAUGAGGAGGUUGGUGCCGCAGUCAAUGCUGCCAAAGCUGCAUUCCCCAUCUGGUCUUCCUGGAGCCCCCAGGAUAGAUCAAGAGUCAUGAACAAGCUAGCAGACCUUAUUGAAAACCACUUGGAGGAGUUUGCACAAGCAGAAUCUAAAGACCAAGGUAAAACCAUUACAUUUGCACGUGCUGUAGAUAUACCACGUUCUGCAUACAACUUCCGGUUCUUUGCUUCAUCCAUCCUGCAUCACACCACAGAAUGCACACAAAUGGACCACCUGAAUUGCAUGAAUUAUACUGUGCGCACCCCCAUUGGAGUCGCUGGUCUCAUCAGCCCUUGGAAUUUACCACUAUAUCUACUUACUUGGAAGAUUGCCCCGGCUAUAGCGUGUGGAAAUACAGUUGUGGCAAAGCCAAGUGAGAUGACUUCAGUCACGGCAUGGAUGAUGUGCAAAUUUCUGAGUGAAGCAGGUGUCCCAUCAGGAGUGGUUAAUGUAGUGUUUGGUACGGGCCCUAGAGCAGGCGAGGCUCUUGUCUGUCAUCCCGAUGUACCAAUUAUCUCCUUUACUGGAAGCACUGUGACCGCUCAGCGCAUAAUAGAAAAGAGCGCACCAUAUUGCAAAAAGCUGUCAUUAGAACUUGGCGGAAAGAACCCAGCUAUUGUUUUUGAAGAUGCAAACCUAGAGGAAUGUGUUGCCACCACUGUAAGGUCAAGUUUUUCUAAUCAAGGAGAAAUUUGCCUUUGCACAAGCAGGAUUUAUGUUCACAGCUCAAUUUAUGAGGAGUUCCUGCAGAAGUUUGUAGAAGCUACAAGAAAAUGGCAGGUGUCCGUUCCCUCUGACCCCACAGCCAGUAUGGGAGCUUUGAUUAGUGAGGCACAUUUAGCUAAGGUGAGGAGCUACAUUAAGAAGGCUUUAUCAGAAGGAGCUACAAUUAACUGUGGUGAAUGUGUGGAUGCCCUAAACAUACCACUAAAUAACCAGGGUGGCUAUUUCAUGUUGCCUACGGUUAUCACUGGAUUAAAAGAGGAGUCCUGCUGCAUGCAAGAAGAAAUAUUUGGCCCUGUAGCAUGUGUGGUUCCAUUUGAUACGGAAGAAGAAGUGAUUGAAAAGGCCAAUGGUGUCAAGUAUGGCCUAGCAGCAACUAUUUGGACGAGAGAUGUGGGCCGUACUCAUCGUGUUGCUAAGAGACUUCAGGCAGGUCUGGUUUGGACUAACUGCUGGUUAGUGAGGGACCUUAAUUUACCGUUUGGUGGUAUGAAAGCAUCAGGCCUGGGUAGAGAAGGUGCAAAGGAUUCAUACGAGUUUUAUACUGAAGUAAAAACUGUUACAAUAAAACAUUAAUCUACAGGGUUUCAUAGAAGUCUGUAAAUAAAAAGCUCAGAAUGAUUCAA